AUGGCUCUCUCUGAAUGGCGCAAGCUGCCAUUGAGCUUGUCCGAGCUAUGUAUUAAUACAACACUCCGCUGUGGUCAAUCCUUCCGAUGGCACAAUAUCCCUGAGCAGGAAGAGUGGCGAUGUGUUCUAUAUGGCCAUCUGCUGUCGCUGAAACAAGAUUCUAACUAUCUCUACUACCGCACUACAAAGUCGUCGUCUUCCGCUUCUACGACGGCCCUUUCAGGUGUGGAACUGGGAGUUGGUAGAGACGAUCAGCUCCUUCGCAUUGUUAAACAUUAUUUCCAUCUAUCCUCGAACCUCGCCGAUUUGUAUGCCCAAUGGUCCUCCCAUGACCCAAAUUUCAAAAAGAAGGCCUCUCAGUUCACCGGAAUCCGGAUUCUGCGCCAAGACCCCUGGGAGGCAUUGGUUUCCUUCAUCUGCAGUAGUAACAACAAUAUUGCUCGGAUAUCUCAAAUGGUAGAGAAGCUAUGCGUGAACUAUGGCCCUUUCGUCGCUAAUGUGGAUGGCCGCGCCUACCAUGAUUUUCCCUCUCCUGAAGCAUUGGCCGUGCAGGGCGUCGAGAGCAAGCUCCGAACCCUUGGCUUUGGCUACCGAGCCAGGUAUAUCUACCAAACCGCCGUGAUGGUCUCCCAAGAACGCGAGAAAGGAUGGUUAGAAAGCCUCUGCAAUCCAGAAGCGCCGGCGUUCGGUGGCGAGCCAAAGGCUGGAGCCGAAAUGCGACCCGAGGGACGAGAAGGGUACAGGGAAGCUCAUGAACAAUUACUUGAGCUGCAGGGCGUGGGACCCAAGGUGUCAGAUUGUGUAUGUUUGAUGGGACUCGGAUGGGGCGAGUCAGUGCCUGUCGAUACGCAUGUAUGGCAAAUCGCCCAGCGAGAUUAUCGCUUUGGGAAGGGAUCCCACAAAUCCUUGACCAAGGCAACUUAUGAUGCCGUCGGCAAUCACUUUCGCAAGCUAUGGGGACAAGAAGCUGGAUGGGCGCAUAGUGUCUUGUUUACUGCGGAUCUACGUUCCUUCGCCGACCGACUUGCCGCGACGAAGAAGGUGAAUGUGGCCGUGAAGGAAGAGGACUCUUCCACAGUCAAAAUCGAAACUGAGGUCACUUCGGCCGUCACAUUAAUAGCUCCCAAGGACGAGGAGGCUGUGAAGGUUAAAGCCACGGAUAUUGCCAGUAAGCCUACCCCGAAAGCGAAAGCACCUCGAGGGAAGAAGCGAGGAGCAUCACCAGACGAAUUGGUGCAUAAGUCGCAGACUACGGAAACCCGAAGAGUAUCCAAAAGGACACGACGGUCGGGGCCUUAA